AUGAGUAUACCGAUAUUUAAACCUGUGACUCACGUCAUUUUUGGUUUGGAUGGAACGCUAUUAGAUACGAGACGAAAUCAUAGAAAAAUGUUUACGAAAAUUGUCAAUGGUUAUGGUAAAGUAUUCCCCGAUAAUUUACUUUUACAAAUUCUCGGUAAACAAGAAAUGGAUAUUGCUAAUUCUAUCAUCUACAAAUUGAAACUUAAUUUGACACACCAAGAAUUUUUACAAAAAGUUCGUGACGAGGAAGAAAAAACACUUAAAAACGCAACACUUAUGUAUGGAGUCGAAGAUCUUUUGGAGCAUUUCCAUCGACAGAAAAUUCCUAUGGCGGUGGCAACGAGUAGCUCAGAGAAGAGUUUCCUAAUGAAAACGGAUCAUCUGAAAAACAUAUUCUCAGUAUUCCAUCAUGUAGUCACCGGAUCUUCCGACCCGGAAGUAAAAGACGGUAAACCAGCGCCAGACAUCUUUAAAGUAUGUGCUUCCAGAUUUCCGGGGAAUCCCAUGAACAGCGAGUUCUUGGUGUUUGAUAACUCGCCUAACGGAGUGACUGCGGCUUUAGCAGCUGGCAUGCAAGUGGUCAUGAUACCUGAUCCCAUAUUGUCAGUAUGGUAUAACAUGUCGAGCGCCAACGCUACGUAUGUGUUAAAUUCCUUGGAAGAUUUCCGUCCGGAAAUGUUUUCACUACCACGGACAUUUCCGAGUAUCGAACCUAAUUUCAGUGAUCGAGAAUGUCCGGUAUUUAGAGAUACGGAGCGGAUUCAUAAAAAAACGUUUACUAAAAUCGCCAAAGAUCAUGGUAAAGAAUUUCCAGAUGAUUUACGUAUACAAAUCCUUGGAAAACAAGAAAUGGACGUUGCUAUUUUGAUUAUUAACACAUUGCAACUAAAUUUAACACCCGAAGAAUUAUUACAACAAGCUCGUAUCGAGGAAGAAAAAGAACUACAAAACGUACAACUUAUGAAUGGAGUCAGAGAUCUCUUGGAAUAUUUCUGUCGGCAUAAAAUACCGAUGGCGGUGGCAACGAGUAGUUCAGAGAACAGUUUCCACGUGAAAACGGCUCAUCUGAAAAAUAUUUUUUCCGUGUUCCAUCACGUGGUCACCGGUUCUUCCGAUCCAGAAGUAAAAAACGGCAAGCCAGCACCAGACAUAUUCAAUAUAUGCGCUUCUAGGUUUCCAGGAAACCCCGCAAACAACCAAUUUCUGGUAUUCGAAGACUCGCCGAACGGAGUGACUGCGGCUAUAGCGGCUGGCAUGCAAGUGUUUAUGAUACCCGAUCCCAUGUUACCAAAAGAACUUACUUCUAAUGCUACACACGUUUUGGAGUCCAUGGAAGAUUUCUGCCCGGAAAUGGUUUCUUUACCGCCACGCGGUUCCUGAUGUUCAUGCUCUUCAUAAGUUUCGAGUAUAUAACUUUGAAAUUGAUAUUUAUAUCAUUUCCACGUAGUCAUUAUACUAAGAACAUAAUAUAAAUACAAAUUCUUAACUAAUUUUCCUGGCA